AUGGUGGAGGAACCUCACACUGUGAGGGACGGGGCCGUCCUUCCAACAGAGAAGAGGUUUUCCUGUACUGAGUGCGGGAAGUGUUUCCAUUCUAAAUUCCAUUUUACUAAGCAUAAAAAAUCUCAUGCAGGUGAGAAGCUACUUUCUUGUUCUGAGUGCGGGAAAUGUUUUUCAUUGAAGUCCAAUCUUCACAGACAUCAAAAUUUGCACACAGGUGAGAAGCCGUAUGCGUGUCCUGAGUGCGGGAUAUGUUUUUCAUUGAAGUCCAGUCUUUACAGACAUCAGAAAUUGCACACAGGGGAAAAGCCGUAUUCCUGUCCUGAGUGCGGGAAAUGUUUUAUACGAAAAUCAGUACUUGUCAUACAUCAGAGGUCUCAUACAGGGGAAAAGCCAAAUUCCUGUCCUGAGUGCGGGAAAUGUUUUUCACAGAAGUCCCAUCUUUACAGGCAUCAGAGAUCUCACACAGGGGAGAAGCCACUUUCCUGUUCUGAGUUUAGGAAAUGUUUUCCACAAAAAUCAGAUCUUGUUACACAUCAGAGAUGUCACAUGGGGAAAAAGCAGCAUUCCUGUCCUGAGUGCGGGAAAUGUUUUUCACAGAAGUCCCAUCUUUACAGGCAUCAGAAAUCGCAUGUGGGGGAGAAGCCACUUUCCUGUUCUGAGUGUGGGAAAUGUUUUGCACAAAAAUCAGAUCUUGUUGAACAUCAGAGAUCUCACACGGGGGAAAAGCCGUAUUCCUGUCCUGAGUGCGCAAAAUGUUUUUCACGGAAGUCCAAUCUUCUCAGACAUGAGAGAUUGCACACUGGUGCUAAGCCUUAUUUCUGUAUUGAGUGCGGGAAAUGUUUUAUACGAAAAUCGGUACUUGUUGAACAUCAGAGGUCUCACACGGGGGAAAAGCCAAAUUCCUGUCCUGAGUGUGGGAAAUGUUUUUCACAGCCUCAGACUGUGAGGGAUGGUGCCGUCCUUCCAACAGAGAAGAGGUUUCCCUGUACUGAGUGCGGGAAGAGUUUCCGUUAUAAAUAUGAUCUUAAUGUGCAUAUGAGAUCUCAUACCGGUGAGAAAUCACAUUCCUGUCCUGAGUGUGGGAAAUGUUUUUCAGUAAAGUCUCAUCUUUUCCAGCAUCAGAGGUCUCACACGGGAGAAAAGCCGUAUUCCUGUCUUGAGUGUGGAAAAUGUUUUUCGGUGAAGUCCAAUCUUUACAGCCAUCAGAGAUCUCACACGGGGGAGAAGGCAUAUCGCUGUUCUGAGUGCGGGAAAUGUUUUUCACAGAUGUCCAAUCUUCGCAGACAUCAGAGAUUGCACACAGAUGAUAAGCCAUAUUUCUGUAUUGAGUGCGGGAAAUGUUUUAUACGGAAAUCAGCACUUGUUGAACAUCAGAGAUCUCACACGGGGGAAAAGCCAUAUCCCUGUCCUGAGUGCAGGAGAUGUUUUUCACAGAAGUCCCAUCUUUACAGACAUCGGAGAUCUCACAUGGCGGAAAAGGAGUAUUCCUGUUCUGAGUGCGGGAAAUGUUUUUCAGAGAAGUGCAAUCUUCGCAGACAUGAGAAAUUGCACACAGAUGCUAAGCCAUAUUUCUGUUCUGAGUGCGGGAAAUGUUUUUCACAGAAGUCCCAUCUUUACACACAUCAGAGAUCUCACACGGGGAGA